AAGGAGCAAUUACAUGCAAUAGACUCUCAAAACAUCCGAGAAAAGUUUUAUGGCUUCAUCCAUCUCCAUGGUUAAACAUUUUCCGGGUUGUGCGAUGAAUUCUGUGUUUUCCGCGAUGCUGCUGCUGCUCGGGCUGCUGGUUGCUAGCCUCGAUACAGCAGGUGCUCAAGUGGGCGUAUGCUAUGGCAUGCUGGGCUCAAACCUUCCGCCUCGACCGGAGGUGAUUGCGCUCUACAACCGGAACAACAUCCGGAGGAUGCGGCUGUACGGGCCCGACCAGCCUGCCCUCCAGGCCCUUCGAGGCUCAAACAUCGAGCUCAUGCUCGGGCUUCCCAAUGCGGACCUCCAGAGGAUCGCCUCGGCCCAGGCCCAGGCAGACACCUGGGUCCAAAAUAACGUGAAGAGCUAUGCCAACGUCAAGUUCCGGUACAUAGCUGUUGGCAACGAGGUGAAGCCUGCUGACCCGUUCGCCAAGGAUCUCGUGCCAGCGAUGAGGAACAUCCGGGCCGCACUGGUGAGUGCAGGCCUGGGGAGCCAGAUCAAGGUCUCUACGGCUAUCGACACGGGGACCCUAGGGGAGUCCUUUCCGCCCUCGAAGGGUGCAUUCAAGCAGGAUUAUAAACAGUUGCUUGACCCAAUCAUUCAGUUCUUAGUGAACAACAACUCCCCGUUGCUCGUCAACUUGUACCCAUACUUCAGCUACGUGGGCAACCCAAAGGAGCGCCUCGAUUAUGCUCUCUUCACAGCCAACUCGGUGGUGGUCCAGGACCCACAAUCAAACUUGGGAUACCGGAACCUUUUCGAUGCCAUCCUCGACGCGACCUACUCGGCGCUCGAGAAGGCGGGAGGGAGAUCCAUCGAGAUUGUUGUGUCGGAGAGCGGGUGGCCAACUGCAGGAGGUGGGGCAGCUACAUCGGUGGCGAACGCGAGGACUUAUAACUCGAACCUGAUACAGCAUGUGAAGAGUGGGAGCCCGAAGAGGCCCAGGAAGCCAAUCGAGACCUACAUAUUUGCUAUGUUCAACGAGAACCAGAAGACCCCGGAGUUUGAAAAGCACUGGGGGCUGUUCCUUCCCAACAAGAACCCCAAGUACCCGAUCAGUUUCAACUAGGGUCCUCCGGGACGAGCUUAAAAGCCUGGCCUGGUUAUUAGCCAAAAAUAAAUAAAGCUUGGCCAUCUUUGUGCACUUACUUUCUCAGGGCUUUAUCGAACGCGAUUUUGAACUAAAACAUUAA